GCGCGGGUCACGAGAACAAACACGGCCACGGCGCUGCCUGACCGGUCCUCUGCGGCGGGACAUGGCCAACGUCUCCAAAAAGGUGUCGUGGUCCGGACGCGACGUGGACGACGACGAGGCGGCGCCGCUGCUGCGGAGGACGGCGCGGCCCGGGGCGCCGGCCGGGGAGGCCACGCCGCUGCUGAACGGGGCCGGGCCCGCGGCCGUCCGCGCGUCGCCCCAUUCAGCAUUUUUCCGGAUCGGACAGAUGAGCAACGUGGAACUGGACGAUGAGCUUCUGGACCCUGACACGGAUCCCCUUCACCCCUUCCCCAGGGAGAUCCCGCACAACGAGAAGCUUCUGUCCCUGAAGUAUGAGAGCUUGGACUAUGACAACAGCGAGAACCAGCUGUUCCUGGAGGAGGAGCGGCGCAUCAAUCACACAGCCUUCCGGACCGUGGAGAUCAAGCGCUGGGUCAUCUGUGCCAUGAUCGGGAUCCUCACAGGCCUCGUGGCCUGCUUCAUUGACAUCGUGGUGGAGAAGCUGGCCGGCCUCAAGUACAGGGUCGUCAAGGACAACAUUGACAAGUUCACAGCGCGGGGUGGGCUGUCCUUCUCUCUCCUGCUGUGGGCCUCGCUCAAUGUGGCCUUUGUGCUCCUGGGCUCUGUGAUCGUCGCCUUCAUAGAGCCGGUCGCUGCUGGCAGCGGGAUCCCCCAGAUCAAGUGCUUCCUCAACGGGGUGAAGAUCCCCCACGUGGUCCGGCUCAAGACCCUGGUGAUCAAAGUGUCCGGCGUGAUCCUGUCCGUGGUUGGGGGACUGGCUGUGGGGAAGGAGGGACCAAUGAUCCACUCGGGCUCCGUGAUUGCUGCUGGGGUCUCCCAGGGGAGGUCCACGUCACUGAAGCGGGAUUUCAAGAUCUUCGAGUACUUCCGCAGAGACACAGAGAAGCGGGACUUUGUCUCAGCAGGAGCUGCGGCUGGAGUGUCUGCUGCGUUUGGGGCCCCUGUGGGUGGGGUCCUGUUCAGCUUGGAGGAGGGUGCAUCCUUCUGGAAUCAGUUCCUGACGUGGAGAAUCUUCUUUGCUUCCAUGAUUUCCACCUUCACCCUGAAUUUCGUCUUAAGCAUUUACCACGGAAACGUGUGGGAUCUGUCCAGCCCCGGUCUCAUCAAUUUUGGAAGAUUUGACACUGAGACGAUGGUGUACACGAUCCACGAGAUCCCCAUCUUCAUCGCCAUGGGCGUGACGGACCUGGGCAACACUCCUUACUCUGAAAGCCCGUGGGACGUGAGCCCUCCACCCAGCGGCCGUUUGCUGCCUGGGCAGCCUGCUCCUCUUCCCAAGUCCUGGACACGCAGCUCCUUCCUUGUCCCAGGUGGCAUUCUCGGAGCUGUGUUCAACGCCUUGAAUUACUGGUUGACGAUGUUUCGAAUCAGGUACAUCCACCGGCCCUGCCUUCAGGUGAUCGAGGCCAUGCUGGUGGCCGCCGUCACGGCCACGGUCGCCUUCGUGCUGAUUUAUUCGUCCCGGGAUUGCCAGCCCCUGCAGGGGAGCUCCGUGUCCUAUCCCCUCCAGCUCUUCUGUGCCGAUGGCGAGUAUAAUUCGAUGGCUGCAGCCUUCUUCAACACCCCAGAGAAGAGCGUGGUCAGCCUUUUCCACGACCCCCCAGGCUCCUACAACCCCAUGACGCUCGGCCUCUUCACCCUGGUCUACUUCUUCUUGGCCUGCUGGACCUACGGGCUCACGGUGUCGGCCGGUGUCUUCAUCCCAUCCCUGCUCAUCGGAGCUGCCUGGGGCCGGCUCUUUGGCAUCUCCCUGUCCUACCUCACCGGGGCUGCGGUCUGGGCAGACCCCGGCAAGUACGCCCUGAUGGGAGCAGCUGCCCAGCUGGGUGGGAUUGUGAGGAUGACGCUGAGCCUGACAGUCAUCAUGAUGGAGGCCACUAGCAACGUGACCUAUGGCUUCCCCAUCAUGCUGGUGCUGAUGACCGCCAAGAUUGUGGGGGAUGUCUUCAUCGAGGGCCUGUACGACAUGCACAUCCAGCUGCAGAGUGUGCCCUUCCUGCACUGGGAAGCCCCAGUCACUUCACACUCGCUCACUGCCAGGGAGGUGAUGAGCACACCAGUCACCUGUCUGCGGAGGAGGGAGAAGGUGGGCAUCAUUGUGGAUGUGCUGAGCAGCACGGCGUCCAAUCAUAAUGGCUUCCCCGUGGUGGAGGAUGCCGAUGGCACGCAGCCUGCCCGGCUCCAGGGCUUAAUCCUGCGCUGCCAGCUCAUCGUCCUGCUCAAGCACAAGGUGUUCAUAGAACGCUCUUGUAUGGGCCUGCUACGGCGCCGGCUGCGGCUGAAGGACUUCCGCGAUGCCUACCCGCGCUUCCCCCCCAUACAGUCCAUCCAUGUGUCCCAGGACGAGCGGGAGUGCACCAUGGACCUCUCCGAGUUCAUGAACCCCUCCCCCUACACGGUGCCCCAGGAGGCGUCCCUCCCGCGGGUGUUCAAGCUGUUUCGGGCCCUGGGCCUCAGGCACCUGGUAGUGGUGGACAACUGCAAUCAGGUGGUCGGGCUGGUGACCAGGAAGGACCUCGCCAGGUACCGGCUUGGGAAGGGGGGCCUAGAGGAGCUCUCUCUGGCCCAGACGUGAGGCCCUGGCCCUGGCACCUCCCCCGGGGUGCCUGCCUCGCUCCCCAGGCAGCGGCGGAUCCAGCGUCCUCCAGACCUCGGGGACAGCCCAGCCAGCGUGUGACACAUGUGGUCUCUUCGUGUUCUCAGUGCUCCCCUCCCCCCCCGACCUCAUUCCCUCACCCUCCAAGAUUUCACACGCCAGCCUCCUGUUUCCUGACUUCGAGGAGUCAGUUUGUAGAACUGCUGUUCUCUUUCUGAGAGACCGCGAGUGUGCGUAUGUAUCUGCAUGUGUGUGCACGUGUGACAGCUGGCAGGCUGGGCCCUGUGGGUCUGAGUACUGCAGCCCACAGGACGGGCCCAUUGCCUGGAAGCAGUGCACCCUAAGCACCGCCAGCUGGAGGCCUGGGCGACUCGAGGCUGCAGCAGAGGCCUCUGGUCCUGUCUCUCUCAGCCCUCAGCUCAGUUUCCAGCCGUGAGAUUUGGGGUCUGGGCAGGAACACAAGCUGGACUCAUGAAGGCGAGGGCUCGGGGGAGCAGGACCACCUGGAGAGCAGACCCUGGAGCCGCACUCCCAGACACCAGUGCACCCUAAGCCACACCCACUUGGUGCAGUGGGCUCUGAGCCGGGGUCUGGGCCAAAGGGGAGAGCUGAGACCUUCCUGUGGGCCCGGAUCCCCAAGUCUAGCCAUGCCUCUAUCACAGCACCCAUGUGGACGGCACAGGGAAGGCGGGUCUUCUCAGCACACGGGGGCCCCACGGGCCACUGAGGACCCCCAGCCCCGAGAGAUGUUCUGGGGCAGCUCUGCUUCCAGUGUUGGGGGCAGGUUGUUUCUGGGAUGAGCUGGCAAGCCCAGAGCAGGGAUACACCCCUCCCAGGCUGGGCAGUGCCAGAUUUGGGAUCCUAUGUCCCCAGUGCCCCAUGGGACUUUUUUUCUAAAGCGACUCACGUCCCCAGCCCACUUCUGUGAUGAGGUCCGUGGAUGCCUUUGUGGUAGGUUGGCGGGCGCUCCACCUGGGUUUUAGCCCCUUUCAAGGGGAUGGGGCCUUGAAAGGCCUCUUCCUGGCAGGGGAGCCCUCCAUGGGGGCACAGGGGUCUAAGUGUGGGGAUCUGAAUGGGAGAAAUAAAGGAAUUGUA